AUUGUCGCACUCCACAUACCCCGGCACCCAAUGAAAAAGAUAAGCAACCCUCGGCCUAAGAAAUAUAUAAAGAAGGGAAAAAUAUUUCGACAGUUGCAGUAUUUUUUUCUUCGCUUCCUCUUUUCCUGUUUUGCUAUUGUUUAUACUAGGAUCCUUCCUCGAUGAACACCUUAAAUUGUAGAGCAAAAAUAAUAUGCAACAACAAUGCGUUUAAUGCACACGCGCAUCAUCAACGUUGAAUAGCAUUUAGGGCGGAAACUUGUCCAUGGAUGUAUACAAGAAAUGCUUUAAGCCAUUAAAAAGUAUCGAACGGUUUUGUCAAGCGGCCACGAAACCAGCUAAGGAUAAAAACUGUGUAAUUGAAGUAAAUAUUAAAAUAUAAAAAAAAACAAAAAUAAAAAAAUUAAUUAAUAAAAAAUAUUUGAAGCAAUUAAAGACAAAUAAGGAAAAUAUUAGAAAUCAUUGCAAGAUUAUACCAAAUAUAAAAGCAAGCAGAUGAACAAAAAAUUGAUCGAGAGUGAAAGAAAUUUGUGAAAAAAGUGAAACUUUAUCAUUAAAGCAUGUGAAGCAAUAGACAUUAAACCUAAAAACGCCUUUACCUCAUGUGCUUGGUAAAACGAUGCGAAAAUAUUAAUACAUUUCCGCAAUCAUCCGCGGUUGGUAGCGAAAAAUCAAUCGGGAGUUUACCUCGCGCUGAAAGCUUUCGCGAUCGAUCUAAUGACAGAUUUAUAAUUAAAAGAAAGAAAAAAGUAUAUAACAAUAAAUAAAUAAGAAGGCGUUUAAGGCGGUGGGUGUCCGAGAUUCGUCCCGAAGCGAAUAAAGUUGCUCUACUUCUUAUAUGUAUUGAUGGCAUUGGUGUUAGGCUGAAAGCCUUCUCUCCUGACUCUUACAUACUUUGUGUUAAGCGACAAAAUGUUGAUACGUUGGAAAAGCAAAGAUAAAGGUUCAACGAACCAAACAAAUGCCAGUGGAGGUGGUGGCGGCAGUAAUGUCAGCAACAGUAGCACUGGCGCCGGUGGCGGUAGCAGCGGCAGUUCGAGUAGUUCGAAAAAAAAACGCAAAGGACGAGAGGGUGAUGAAAACUGGCAAAAUGAUAUGAAAUCUGGUCAUAUGCAAAGUAAUGAACAAGGUGACGAGCGAAGACGCGGUAUGCGACGUGAAGACCCCCGACGUCAUACUCUAGGCGGUGAUAUGUUGGCGUAUGCCAAUCAACCAAAUCAACAGCAACCGAAAUCAAUGGAUUUGGAGAUGAGUACCCGCAAUCAGAAAACCAAGAAGAUGCAAGCGACACGUGGUUAUCAGUCCAUCAAUCAGGGACCGCUGUUCGACGAUGAUCCGGGUAUUAUGUCGGAGGUUGAGACAUCCAGCACGGGGUUUAGACGUGGUGGUAAGCAACGUUCUUCGUUACCAGUUGUGCGUACACCUUCUAAAACCUUAGAAAGGCCACUAGGUUUGGUAUUUUUGCAAUAUCGUUCAGAAACGAAACGUGCAUUGUUGCCCAAUGAAAUCACUUCGAUUGAUACGGUGCGCGCUCUAUUCGUGCGCUCAUUUCCCCGACAACUGACAAUGUCUUAUCUGGAAGGACCUAAUGUUAAAAUAUAUAUACACGAUGCUAGCAAGGAUAUGUUUUAUGAACUCGAAGAUGUUCGCUCGCAUCUAAGGGAAAUACGUGAUCGUUCGGUAUUGCGUUUAUUCGAAUCAACCGAAGUGGCGGCACCACCACAGAUACUACCAGGCGGGCCAGGCAUACCUCAACCAUUACCGCAACCUACUCCAACCCACUGGGAUCAAGAUCAAAGCUACUUCAGUGAGCCGGAAUUCGAUUCAGAUUACAAAACUCAACACAUACACAAGUCCAAAAUUGGUAAACAACAACAGCAAGCACCGUAUUAUGUGGGAGCCUCGCAAACUUUACCACGUGGGAUGUAUGCCACUGAGCGCCAAAAGGUACCCAUGGGAACGCCAUUGAAACCUUUAAGAACGCCCAACUCCAGGGGUAGCAUGGAACCCUUGUUUCCUUAUCCCCCGGAUCAGUUAUACAGUAUACCAGAUGGUUACACCAGCUCGCCGGAGCGAUCGACACGCGGCAAUUACGAGGAACCUUACUAUAGUCAAUAUGGUACCAGAGGUCCGGUAAUAGCACCUAUAAUCGAUGAAGAACAAGCUGACGUUUCUCUCAACGAGGAUCAGUACGCUUUGUAUGGCAUGAAAAUAGGGCCUGGCCGUUUAGCUCGCCCUAAUCAAUUAUAUGAGCCAACCAGACCAGAAGAUUUACAUCGAAUACGGGUUGAACACAUGGAACGCCAAUUGGCCAAUUUAACGGGCCUGGUGCAGAAGGCUCUCGUUAAUCAAAAUCCGCAAAUAGCUCCCAUGGCAGUGCCAACUUUGGAUGCCAAUUAUUUGGUUGUACCCACACAAUGUCACGUUAACGGUGCUGGAGAGGAUCUUUAUGUUAGGGAAAAGGCACCAAAAUUAGGCAAAAAUGCAUGCCAGAAAUCGGUGUCAUUCGAGAAAAGCGUUUCGUUUAGUGAUGAUAUACAGGGUAUACCGAAAGCCCAUAGUCCACAACAUGCCGCUGAUACAAAACCCACAAAACCAGCCAUUAAAUCCUCCACAUUGCCAAGAACCUCAUCGCAGGAACGCGAUCGUUUAAAACCACCACCACCUCCUAAACCUAUAGUUUUGACUCAAACAGCUCACUCGAAUUAUCGGGCUGAUAUUGCUUUAGCUCCGGAAGUCUAUAAUCAUUUACGUGGUCUGCAAAAAAAAGCUAAAGAUCUGCGUAUGGAAGUGCGCACGUUGCGAAGAUUGUCACAAGCUCAAGCCGUAGCGGUUCGCGAGGAUAUAAAGGGUACAUUUAUGCGUAUACGUGCUACACUAUUGGCCAGCAGUGGAAGCGUAUGGGGCGGACAUCAGGGCGAUCAAGAUGCUACCCGCAUAUCACGCGAAGAAGAACUCUAUAAACAGGAAGUAAUACGUCUGGAAAAGGAUUUAAGUGAUCUGGAAGCGUCAGUAGAAAGUUUACGGGGUGAAGUGAUUAAUCGUAGAACAAGAGUUAACAUGACUGCAGUCGAAGAUAUGGCCUUAGUUUUAAGCAGAGCUAGCAAAACUGUGGCCGAAUUAAAAAUGAAAUUUCCGGCAUUAGCUAAUGGACUACGAUGUAUUCUCUCCAACGAAAUGGAGAAAGUCGUGCGCGAAGAAAAGUUCCUAAAAGAUGAACCCGAUCGUUUAGAAUCGGCUCUGAGACGUUGCAAAAAGUUAACAGGCACUCUUGUCACUUUGAAAAGAUUGGCCAGUGUACAAGAACAGAGAUUACCUCCAAGUGAGCCUCAAAUUAAUGAAGAUCCUCCCCGAUCAGCUGAUGUUUCUACAGCCGACAAGCCAAUCCCAACUCCCAGGAUGGGGACGUUCGCUAUCAGCGGGGGACCCCCACCCGAAAACGCACUCGAUGCUUUGCUAGAUGAAUUGCAAACAUUCUCCAAGCCAUUAAUACAAAACAAUGAGAUUAGGCCCGAUGAUUCCGUUACCAGCGAUAACAACACUUUCAUACAGAGCACUGUAACUACGCAAAUAUCCCAAGCACGUCUUUAUAAACAAACCGAUGCAAAUAUGACUCAACAACAGCAACAACAACAACACCAACAACAAGCACAUUUAUUGGCUAACGAUUUGGCCGCAAAUAACUUAAAUAUACUAAAUCAAAAUAAUACGGGCGGGAUUUUAACGAGUUCGAUUAUAGGUACUGGGCCCAUGUCCAGUUUACGACGCUUGCAUUCUAUGCCGACUCAAUGCGAAAGCGAUAUUGCUCCGACACCAGUUACGCGUAAUACGAUAAAGCCUCCAGUGCCCGAACGUAACGCAGAUUUAAUUAUGAAAGUGGGCUGUAAACGUAUACCGCCACCACCACCACCACGCACAAGUUCACGCAGUCCCUUAACCAGUCCCACUUCUCCAAAUAUGCCCCAGACCUUGGUCACUGUCAACGAAACUGAUCCUGUUAAUAAUAAUGCAGAUGCAUGCACAAUUUUAGAUAGUAUCACUGCCGUCGCUACAAAUUGUAGCAACAAUGAUUCAACAGGCAACGAUCACAUACAACGUCAAGUGGCUUUGGAAAUUCGCCAUCAGGAGCUGCUAAAAAAACAAAAAUUGCUACAAGAACAAUAUCAACGCUUACAACAAAUGAGUAAAUUGCCAUCGGUGGAUAUGACCACCACUAGCAGCUCCACGACAAUUGGCACGGCAUCAUUGGCAGUAGGUAUAGGCAAUGCGGUCGGCUUUGAGAAUAUCAUUCCACUUAAAAAAAUGGGCAGCGAGUCGAACAUACAACAGAAAAUGGGUCUAUCUUUGGCGAGUAACAGCAACAGCAACACCAACAGCAACAACAUCAGCACCUCUAACACCUUAACGGAGGCGACACAAAACUCUAUAAUAAAACCGAUUAAAAAUGAUAUUACAGCGGACAUAACUCAACAACAAAAUGUAAACAACAAAUUCAUACUUAAUAAUUUGAAAGCAAACAACAUUACAACAGGCAAUAGUGCUGGCAUCAACAAUAGCAUCAACACUACUACAAGUGGUGUUACCACAACUACAACAACAACAACAAAACAGGUCUAUGAAACCGAAAUACUUUAACAUAAAUCAAAACUGUCAUGGAAUGAAACAGCAAUAGAUAUAUAAAAUAAUAUACAAACAAAAAAAAAAAAAAACCAAAAAACCAAAAAAAAAAAAAAAACAGAAAACAAAGAAAAAAAAAACCGAAACAAAUAAUAGAUGUGAAAACAUUCAGAAAGAAGUGUAAGGGAGACGCGUGGAAAAAAAGCGAACCAUAGAAUAGAGAGAAAACGCGGGAGAAACAUUUAAUAAUAUAUUGAAUAUAUUGAAAUGAUGCUUGGUUUCGUUUUAAUUUUGUUUUAAAAAAUGAAAAUAAUAAGUACACAUACACCAGCAUACACAUACAUACAUCUACGAUAUUUUAUUUCUACUGUUGAACAAAACACGAUAGAAAUUAAUAAAAUUUUUUGUAAAAACAAAAAGCAAACAAACGAACCAAGAAGACACAUCACUUCUAAUGUCAUUGUAAAAAUCGAUCCAUUUUCUAUAUUCCAGACACUUUUUCCAACCUCGAUCUGGCAAUUGAAUAUCCGGACAAAUUGUACCCCUUGCCGAAGAUUGCGGUGUAUAUUCACUUCGUCAAAACGUUUGCAACGCCCCGCAGGAAGCUUCAGAGUAGCCCCCACUUGCCUCCCCCACCCCCUUGAACAGUAUCAAAUUCUGAAUCGGUGUGUCUGACCGCCCAUCUAUAUAAUGUCUGUUGCAAACAUUCGAAUGGUCGUUGUCGACUUCAAAUUUUGCAGAAAAAUUGGAAAUUUUUGAACGCAGGUUGAUACUGAAAAUAGUCCAAAUCGGUCGAAGGACAUGCCUACAGUAUCACAUAAAAUAACAACGCCAAUGUUUUUCAAAUGCAAUUAAAAAUUUCCCCAUUACGCAACAGCAGUAGUUAGUUAUUAAGAUUUUCACGUAUAUUCUGGGGGCGAUCCUCUAGUAUCUGAACGAAAAUGGGAAAAAUUCAUCACGCCCACCCGAUAGUAAUUGCACGCAGAAGCAAGCCUCAAAAAUCCCAUAAAUUCAUAAUACAAUAUCUGUCUUUCUGUCUAUACAUCUGUCCAUCUGCCCAAUUAUGUAUUAUAUGUGGCAAACAUGAUUGAAAAUGGACCAAUAUCCACAUGCUUACGCAACCAAAACUGAGAAUAUGUUUGUUUUCCGUGUCUUUUGCUCGUAGCUCAUGAAUUAUAACAGAUACAUGGUAUAAUUUUUCUUAGGAAUAUAUGCAAAAAAAAAUUAGCGACACCCUUCCAAAUUUAUAUAUAUAUUUUUUUUCUUUCUAUCUCUUAUCGGAUAGGAUAACUGUCCUAUUCCUUCCAUUUAAUUAUUAUUAUAUAUUUUUUUAAAAUCUUUAAAGUAUAGAAAAAAUGAAGAAAUGCAGGAAUAUAAUUAACAUAUUCACAGGGCUUUGGCCGAUGGAAUAGACCUUUAACGAAACAUCUCCCACUAAGACUAAAAAGAGGAAAAAUAAUAGUAAGAAAACCGAUAAUUUUAUAUAGAUUUUCGUAUCGCUAAUGGUUUGAUUGUGUGCGAAUGUCUUCUGGAAUGGCUUCUCUUCAAUCAAAUAAAGAUUUUCUUAGAACAUUUUCACAUUGAAUUCUUUUUAUUUAUUUAAGGAAUGAAGUGAAACGAGAAAAGUAUAACGAAAUACACACUUUUUUUGUUAAUAAUAAUUAAUAAACGAACAUUCAAUUAAACGUUUUUGUAAUUUUUACAACCUUAAUAUUUUA